CUUGGAUAGUCUUUGAAGUCUAUUUUUAUAAUUGAGUGGUCUCUGUUCGAGAGGAGAGAGUAAUCAUUCACAAAUCGAUCUGGAGCGAGCAGUGGUCUGUAAACUCGAGCUCUGAGAGUGCUGAAGCUGUUUGGUGGAUAUCUCGAGUUAUACCAAUCCAAUUAAGGCGUGUGAGAUACCAAAAGAAAUCUCUCAAGACGAGGAAUCCGUGAAGGUCUGGUUUGAAUCAAUCGGAGUAGUGGAAGGCUUCCAAAUCGUCCGAGCAAAACACAACCUCGCAGAAACGGAUCUACUUUUCUAAAGUUGAGGCUAGAGCUUGCUUCCUGUGCUCGUUGCCCGAGUGAUUUCCCCGGAGAGAAGACUUGAAAUGGACCGUGGUGGCAGGAUUACUAGGAGGAACCCGACCGGCCGUGUACCAGUGGAGACUGGACAGGGCAGUCGAAGGACCUCUAGGGCAUCUAGAGGAGCUGGCCGUGGAGGCCGAUCACAGACCGUGAGUGACGGUCAUGUCGACACAGAAAGUGAAACCUACUGGUCCUAUGAGGACUCGACUUACCAACCGGAAACGGAACCGGUUGAGACCCCUUAUGAAGGGGAUGAUGAUGAUGUAAGUGAUGAGGAGGAAAAUGGCUCCUUUGCACGGAUUGAAGCACUACUUCAACAGUACCACCGUGAGCG